CUGAGCAACCAAAAUUCGCCGCCGUGAAGAUAAUGUUUGCAAUAAAGAAACACAUUCGAAACUCUUCCCUCAAGUUUUGGAGCUUCAAUUUCAUCCUUUCCAAUAUCAAUGUCGUCUCAAGGGUAACUGUUCCAACUUGUUCAUAUUUGCCUAAAGCAACUUCCUUCAUGCGUUUUUUUAGUCAUGUCAACUCCUCAAUGUCCAGAAACUAUCAUCAAAUGAGAUUAAUUCCUAGAUUAUCAUGUCAAGAUCCUGCAAUGAAUGCUUUGAUAUUGCCAGGUUCAUUAAAUUUUUGGUCUCAUGAGACUGUUUUGAAAUGGUUUCAUGCUAGACGGUUCUCUAGUCCAUCCAUAGAGCUGAAUACAGAGAAAGGCGUCGUCAGAUUUAGAUUUGGUCAAGAAAUUGGAGAAAGUGGUGGUCAGACAAAGGCAAAGCAUGUGGUGAAGAAGUUUAAAAUGUCUAAAAAAGCAAAACUGAAUGAACUCAGACUUUACAGACUGAAGGCAAAGAAGAAAAUGAGAUCUCCAAAUCCUGAAGUUAGGAUCAGAUACAAACUUGAGAAGGCAAAACGAAGGGAAGCUUGGUUGAUUGAGAAACUGAGAAAAUUUGAGGUACCUAAAGCUCCAGAUGAACCGCAUGAUCCUGAAAUUUUAACUGAAGAAGAGAAGUUUUACUUAAAGCGCACUGGUGAGAAAAAGAAAAAUUAUGUACCAGUUGGAAGGCGAGGAGUAUUUGGAGGGGUUGUUUUGAAUAUGCAUCUUCACUGGAAGAAACAUGAGACUGUUAAGGUUGUAUGCAAGCCUUGCAAGCCUGGGCAGGUUCAUGAAUAUGCUGCAGAGCUGACUCGGUUGAGCAGAGGCAUUGUUAUUGACAUUAAACCAGACAAUACCAUAAUAUUCUAUCGUGGAAAGAACUAUGUUCAACCAGAAAUUAUGUCUCCUCCAAAUACUCUAUCUAAAGACAAGGCCUUAGAAAAGUACCGAUAUGAGCAAUCAUUGGAGCAUACAAGUCAAUUUAUUGAGAAAAUGGAGAAAGAGCUGGAAGAGUAUCAUGAAUAUCUUGCCCGGAAGAGAAAAGAAGAAAAGAGUUGAAGCUGAUGGUUUGAAGUUAACUUCUGAGGUAUAGAUGCAAUUCUGAAAUGUUUCUACCUCUCCAGGCAAGUAAUAAAAAAAUUUAAUUUUUUAAUUACUUAAAGUUGUUACGGAAGCUUAGUGCUGGUUGUGUCUUUUGAUUAUCCUAGCACUUCGUGCAGUUGAGAUGAAAAGUGUGAUGGCCAAUAGGAGUGGAUCUGAAAGAGGAAGGAAAUGAAUCAUUUACCUUGCAUGGUAGCAAAUUAAAAGAGACCGAGUUAACUUUUCAACCCCUCAGAAGUUGAAUGAAAGGAGUAGGAUCACUCUUUAACUCUCAUCAAUCAUCUGUUCACGUGCAGAGAAAAAUUAGAAAGCCUCGAUACACCAGCCCCUUUGCAAUCCUUUAGCCAAGCAUGGUAUAAAGGUAAAGACUUGCUUCUUCGUGCUUACUGCUUAGCUGACAACCAGCUUGAAUCUUGGAUAGAUUUGUGGACAUUAUGUCAAGUAAAAGAGUAUUUGUCUGGAAAUGUAUCAGCAGAAUCUGUCAGCAAAGUUCUAUAUUGAGUGAGGGAGUUAAGCCGGGGAUAUUUAAUGGUAACAAGGCUUGUCAGUGAAAAUUAAAGGUAAAACUUCAUGUUCUCAUGUCGCAAUAUGAGUGAACUUCAUCUGUGAAUUCUCUGAUUGGCUGGUGUGGUCUUUACCAUUCAACCUAUUUCCUGGUGCUACGUUGCAAAGGGUUCAUUUUAACAAGCAGUCGAAAAGCAAAGACAAUGUAAAAUGUGUUGCAAUCAGUUCACAUGCUUGUGGAUUUGACUUCUCUGAUGGUCAGUGCAGCCUUCCCCUUUUAACUCAGUUUUCGGAUUGAGUAUUCUUGCUUGUAUUCAGAUCAUUUUUUAAUGGAAGAUUCAGCUAAUAGCUCCCCAGAAGAGCUAUCAAAUCCAUUGAAGCUUUCUUUCACACUUAUUGUUUGUUGUUUAAGUAUGCCGGGACAGUGCUUACUGUCCUUGUAACUUCGCCUAUGUGUUCUACUGGUUGAUAUUUAUUGGGAAUUAUACAAUAAAUACAACUUACCCCUUAUAAGGCGUCUGGCAGAUUUGUCGACAGGGGCGGCCCUUCCAUAAAGCAAGUAAAGCAACUGCAUUAGGCCCCACA